AUGGAUGAAGGAGGAGGAGGUGGUGUCCUUCUUCAGAGAAUCACAACGACCGCUUCUGAAAUUAUAAUGAGAAAUGAGAUGAUGACUACUUCUACAACGACUACAUCGAAUCCAGCAGUCGAGGAAGCUUAUCAUAUCUAUUAUUUGACACCCACUAUGAAAAUGCUGUGCAUUCUAUUCUACAGUAUUCUCUGCGUGUGUUGUGUCUAUGGAAACGUGCUUGUAAUACUUGUCAUUGUCUACUUUAAACGAUUACGAACGGCUACGAAUAUUCUGAUUCUCAAUUUGGCAGUUGCCGACCUUCUAAUCUCCGUCUUCUGCAUUCCAUUCAGUUACUGGCAAGUGCUCAUUUUCGACGACCAACGAUGGCUCUUCGGUUCCAUGAUGUGCUCUCUUCUGGCUUUUCUGCAAGCAAUGGCCGUAUUUCUCUCCGCUUGGACUCUCGUGGUCAUCAGUUUCGACCGUUGGAUGGCCAUCAUGUUCGUCUUGACUCCAUCGAUUCGAAUCACCACUCGAAGAGCUUUAUAUCUUGUAGCCGCCACAUGGAUCUUUAGUAUUCUGAUGGCACUUCCUCUUCUCUUCACCACGAGAUCCUUCGAAAUCCAGGAAGGAAUCGAGAAUUGUGGAGAGAAUUGGACAUAUUUCGGUGAUGCGGGAGAGCAAGUCCGGAAAGUCUAUUCGUCGAUGGUUGUGAUUCUACAGUAUAUUGUACCACAAGCAGUUUUGAUCAUCACUUAUACACAUAUCGGAAUAAAGAUGUGGAAUAGUCGGGUGCCGGGAAUGCAGAAUGGAGCAACGAAGAAGAUGAUUGUGGAUAGACAUGAAAGUGUGAAAAAGCUCGUCCCAAUGGUCAUCCUCAUCUCGGCUCUCUUCGCUCUAUGCUGGCUUCCAUUGCUCAUUCUGAUCAAUGUGAUUCCAGAAUUUUAUCCGAAUAUCAACAGUUGGGGAUACAUUCUGUACUUGUGGUGGUUUGCCCACGGGCUCGCAAUGCUGCACUCCAUCGUCAAUCCCGUCAUUUAUUUCAUCCGUAACGCCCGUUUCCGUGAGGGAUUCUGCUACUUCUCUUCCAAACUUCUCCCAUGUAUUGCAUUCAAAGAAUUCCGUCUGCUGACGGAUAAUAAUACCAGUAGGAGUUUCCGAAAUCGUUCUCGUUUUUCUGGCGUCAUAAAUCCGGCGUCGAGUGAUGAUAAAUCUGCUGCACCGUUUACGAGAUAUUCACGAGGUGGAGGCCUUGACCGGCAAACAUUCCGUUCGGCACGUUUCUUCGAAGCACGACCGCUUGUCGUCAUCCGAAAUAACUCUGCCAAUUCUCUCGCGUAG